CUGUCCUUUCCCCCGACGACCUCGAAACGUCUGCGCUGCAGUUCCUGAGGUGGAGAGCGCCUCGUUUCGUGUGACUGUGUUUAGCCAAAUGCACUUGAAACAAUGGCAGUGACACGAAACAUCAUGAUUGGCGUGUUUUUUGCUGUUCUUAUAUGUCUGAACUUCAUGGCAAACAAUACCACGAACAACUCCACUCAAGUCAAGCAAUGCCUUCAAAGCAAAACACUGGCAUCAGUUACAUCAAGUCGCAAUGGACAUGAGGAUAAGGUUUACCUACAAGGAGAGGUAUAUGCCGUGAGGGAGAUCCACCACCCAGGAAAUUAUCACCAAAAUCGCACCGGUUUACGGAUGGUGUCUUCUGUCUAUAAACACCUUCCAGAGAUCAAGGCAAAAUAUUCAUCCACUUCCUCGCAACUAAUGGAUUUGAUUACGAAGCUUAAGCGAGACAUUGCCCGAAGAGGAAUGACGGACGAGCCCUGGGCUUUGGCGGACAAAUGGGCCACAACGAAGUCACUGGUUCCAGAACCAGCAUCCGGAUUGGGGGACGUUCUGGCCGCCCUGUCCACGGCGCCCAUCACGGCUGCCGACGUCGGGCGCGGAGGAACGCAGCUCAAGCUCUUUCUCACCCUGGAGGGGGGCCAGGCCGUGGUGUUUAAGCCAAUGAGGGAUCGUCGCGAUCAGAUUUAUGACACUAUUUAUGGUGGGCCGGAUAGCCAUGAAGGAGAAAUCGCUGCGUUCCAUCUCAGCAGACUGCUGGGCCUCCGGAUGACGCCCAUCACCGCCGGGCGCUCCCUGUCCCUGAGGAGAGAGAUCGUACCCGUUUCCACGGAAAGACUUAACAGCACUUUCUUGACAGGGAAUGCGGGGCAGAUGUGCUUCUACGGCAUCUGUACGUUCUGCAAAAAAGAGGAAAGCGUCUGCGAGAACUUCAACUCAGUGGAGGGCUCCGUGGUCAUAUGGCUGCCAAAGAGACUCACGCUGGAAGAAGAAUCACACCCGUGGCAUCGCACUUAUGUGAAGAAUGAAUUUGCCAAAUGGGAAAGAAACGAAAGUUAUUGCGAAAGUGUGUUGCAGAGUAAUUACUCACAAAAACUGUUGCAUUUGAUGGAUGCCGCUGUUUUUGAUUUCCUGAUACAGAAUGGCGACCGGCAUGCCUAUAUUCGUCCUGCAGGGCCGCCUGAUUCUCCCGUAGUGCUGUUAGAUAAUGGCAAAAGUUUCUCUGAUGCUCAUCUUGAUCAUAUGGAUAUUUUGGCACCAGUGUUGCAGUGCUGCAGGUUGCACCGGGCGACGCACGCACGGCUGGUCCUGCUGAGCGGCGGCGGGCUGUCCCGCGCCCUGAGGGAGCUCCUGGGCCUCGACCCGCUCGCCCCCGUGCUCGCCGACGCCCACCUCCGCGCCCUGGACCGCCGCCUCGAGCACGUCCUCGCCGCCCUCAGCGCCUGCAGCGAGAGGAAGGGUGGCUGGCACAACGUGCUCUUCUGAAUCUCUCUCUCUCGCUCUCUUACUCUCUCUCUCUCUCUCUCUCUCUCUCUCUCUCUAUAUAUAUAUAUAUAUAUAUAUAUAGAUAGAUAGAUAGAUAGAUAGAUAGAUAGAUAGAUAGAUAUAGCUAUAGAUAUAGAUAUAUUGAUAUAGAUAUAGAUAUAGAUAUAGAUGCAGAUAUAGAUAUAGUUAUAGAUAUAGAUACAAAUAUAAAUAAAAAAAGAUAGAUAGAUAGAUAGAUAUAUUGAUAGAUAUUGCUUCCUUGUUGUAUUGUUAUAGGAUAGAAGGAAUUCCCUGUUGAUGUACUGUUGAUAUUGAAAUAUAUGACCUUUUUGGCAUAAUGUUAAGUAUAUUAGAUUUUUCAUUUAGCUACAAACAUUAUCAAUGUUUGUCCUAGAGAUAUUUGAAAUAUAUUAGAGGUCUAAGCAGUCAUAAAGUCCGUAAUAUAUUUGUUUCAUACUCUCUGUUUACUUCAGUGAAAUCUGUUUAUAGUAAUUGGCCGUUGUUAUUUUGAUUUUUUAGAACUGAAAUGAAUACGAUUUUU